UUGAUGAUUCUCAACAUUAUAAAAAAGCCUCUCCAACCCAUUACACAAAACUUGGGGUUUUUAUUUAUUUCUUAAUUUAUAAAUUAAAUUAAGCUAACUCCCAUAACCCAUUUCUUUUUGCCUCAAUAUAGAUAUACCAUUGUUUUUAUAUAAUCAAUUUCAUUGAUUAUUACUACCCAAAAUACUUGUUACCUAGGUAUAAUAACUCUAUAAUUAUUACUAGAAAAUGGUACCAAAAGUUCAUGCAGGCAUGGAAGUGGAAAAUAUGGCUAAGAAUAGUGAAGAUUGUGGUGGAAAAAGUGUUGUAAAAGGCGCGAAAAUGAGGUAUUUUGUUGAGAAACUGAAAAGGUUUCCGAAGAUAGUGUGGAAAACUAUGUGGAAAGUUGGGAAAGAAGAUCCGAGAAGAGUAAUUCAUGCAUUGAAAGUUGGUUUGUCACUAACACUUGUUUCGUUGCUAUAUUUGAUGGAACCUUUGUUCGACGGGAUCGGCUCGAACGCCAUUUGGGCCGUCAUGACCGUUGUUGUUGUUCUAGAAUUCACUGCCGGAGCAACUUUAUGCAAGGGAUUAAACAGAGGAUUGGGAACUUUGAUUGCUGGAUCAUUAGCAUUCUUUGUGGAAUACAUAGCCACCGAAACAGGUCGAGUUUUUCGAGCUGUUUUUAUUGGAACCGCGGUUUUCCUUAUUGGAGGAUUAUCAACAUACUUGAGAUUUUUUCCAUACAUAAAGAAGAACUUUGAUUAUGGAGUUGUGAUAUUCAUGUUGACAUUUAAUCUGAUAACUGUGUCGAGUUACAGAGUUGAUAAUGUGUUGAAAAUUGCUCAUGAACGAUUUUACACAAUUGCAAUUGGGUGUGGUAUUUGUUUACUCAUGAGUCUACUUGUUUUUCCUAAUUGGUCUGGUGAAGAUCUUCACAAUAACACUGUUUUCAAACUUGAAUGCAUAGCCAAAUCUAUUGAAGUUUGUGUGAAUGAGUAUUUCAACGAUGCUGUAUUAGUUGAAGAAACUGAUGAUGAUGAUGAUGACAAAUCAGCAGAAGAAGAUCUCAUUUACAAAGGUUUCAAGGCUGUUUUAGACUCCAAAUCUAUUGAUGAGACAAUGGCUUUACAUGCAAGUUGGGAGCCAAGGCACUCAAGACACUGUUACAGAUAUCCAUGGCAACACUAUGUUAAAUUAGGAGGAGUUCUUCGCCAAUUUGGAUACACUGUUGUUGCUCUUCAUGGCUGUUUGCAGACUGAAAUUCAGACCCCAAAAUCAGUUAGAGUUUUAUUCAAAGACCCAUGCGUAAGAGUAUCAAAAGAAGUGUCAAAAGCCCUAAUAGAGCUAGCCACAAGCAUAAAAAACCGCCGCCAUUGCUCGCCCGAGAUCCUCUCAGAUCACCUCCACGAGGCCUUACAAGAUCUAAACACCGCAAUCAAAUCCCAACCCCGCCUCUUCCUCGGCUCAGACAAAGGCGGCUCGGCUACGAACAACAUGUUAGCCCUAGCCGCAGCUCAUGCAGCCUCAGCGGGGAAGCGAACCCCGCGAGGAAGCGAUCAACAACACAAACAACAUCAUUUUUUGAGUAAUAACUCACACUUAUCAAGCGUGAAGACUGACUCUUCCGCUUUGAUGGAGUGGAAAACCAAAGGAGGAGAUCAAAAUAAUCGUAGUCAACACAAAAUGCUUAGGCCUCAACUUAGCAAAAUCGCGAUAACAAGCUUGGAAUUCUCGGAAGCUUUGCCUUUCGCGGCGUUUGCUUCUUUGUUGGUUGAGACGGUUGCUAAGCUUGAUAUUGUUAUUGAAGAAGUUGAGGAGUUGGGAAGAUUGGCUUGUUUUGCUGAGUAUAAAGAUGACAUUGAUGAGAGUAGUGUUACUCUUAAUGUCAAUGUUGUCCAAAAUCAGUUGCCUUCUCAUGGAGCAGACUAGAUCAUAUCAUACUACUUAAUUACUAUUCUAAAUUAGGAUUUUUUUCAAAUAAAUAUUUUAAGAUAGGAAAUAUAAAAAGUUUAUGGUAAUAAGACACUAUUUUUGUUUCUACAAGUAUGCAGUUGGGAAAAUUAUGAGUGAAAUAUUAUUUAUAUGA